AUGCCUCAACUUCUAGGGAAAGAGAUCGGCUCGACAGGCUUUGGCCUGAUGGGCUUGACCACCCGUAACCCGCCAAUACCGAUCGAACAGGCCUUCAAAGCCAUGCGCGCCGCUCUCGAAUGUGGAUGCAAUUUCUGGAAUGCCGGAGAGUUCUAUGGCACACCAGACUGGAACACCCAGACGCUGCUCGCCGCCUACUUCAAGCAGUACCCCGUGGACGCCGAUAAAGUGGUCCUGAGCGUGAAAGGCGCUUUUGAUCUUGCCACAGGUCGGCCAGACGGGUCACCAGAGGGACUCAAACGCAGCAUCGACAAGAUCCUCAAAGAUCUGGACGGGACGAAGACGAUCGAUAUCUUUGAAUGUGCCCGUGUCGACCCAAACACCCCUCCCGAGCUCACGUUGAAGUACCUCGAGGAAGAAUAUCUUAACAAGGGAAUCAUAGGCGGCGUCGCCCUUAGCGAAGUGUCCGCCGAAUCUAUCCGGCGUGCUGCCAAUAUCACCAAGAUCGUCGCCGUCGAGAUCGAACUGAGCCUGUGGGCGACCCAUGUUUUGCAUAAUGGAGUUGCCGCGACUUGUGCUGAGCUCAAUAUCCCUCUGAUUGCGUACUCUCCCAUCGGCCAAGGCAUGUUGACCGGCCAGAUCAAGUCGCUCGAUGACAUUCCUCAAGGGGAUUUCAGACGCCAGUACCCUCGUUUCCAACCCGAGACUUUCUCGAUCAAUUUGCAGCUUGUCAGGGAAGUCGAAGAGCUGGCCAAGAAGAAACAAUGCACCCCUGCGCAACUGGCGACCAAUUGGGUUAGAAGUCUGUCCAACAGACCUGGCCUGCCACUGAUCAUCCCCAUUCCGGGCGCGACGGCCGACACGCGCGUGCGUGAGAACGCGCAGGAGUACACAUUGACGAGCGGCGAGCUAUCUUUGAUCGAUGACAUCCUGGCCAAGUUCACCAUUGUAGGCCGUCGGUACCCGGAAGGCAUACCUAUUGACACCUAGGAUUCUGUUCACGCAGGAGUGAGACUGCUUGAUAGCAAGACCAAAGGCACCACAACUCUCGUAAAGAAGGAUAAAUCUUUCGGCACGUCAGAUGUUCGUAGAAUGUGGCUGUUUUGACGCAAAGCCUCCAUGGAAUUGCACAUAUCAAGCUGGCACGAAAUUGGAUACAAUCAUGGCUUCUUGCUUCUGAUUAGAUUAUUUCAGCUGUACACACCUGGCGAGGCAACCCUUGCUAGUAGCGCAUCGAAAGAACUGUCUUUCCAACAUAGAAAUCUGGGAUACAA